AUAUGUUGAUAGGCCUUAUUAACCCUCCAUAUGUAAGUCUUAAUAUGGAAUGUCUAUCAAACCCCACCAUAGGCUGAUAGACCUUAAUAACCGUUCAUAGAUUGAUCGGCCUUUUUUGCUUCAAGCCUCAGUACUUCAAACCUUUGUACUUUAAAGCUCUGUACUUCAAACCUUUGUUCAUUAAAGCUCUGUACUUCAAACCUUUGUUCUUUAAAGCUCUGUACUUCAAACCUUUGUUCUUUAAAGCUCUGUACUUCAAACCUUAGUUCUUUAAAGCUCUGUACUUCAAAUUUCUGUACUGUAAACUUCUGAACUUAUAUUUUCUGUUUGCCUGUAGUACAAAUGUAUUACAAAAGAAAGACCACAAAAGACACUUGCAACGCCCGCGAGGAUGUGGCCUGAGGAAGUUCACUGAUUCCUGUGUCACAAGGCUCCGGACAUGGCGCCAGACUCCUGUGUCACAAGGCUCCUGACGUGGCGCCAGACUCCUGUGUCACAAGGCUCUUGACGUGGCGCCAGACUCCUGUGUCACAAGGCUCCGGACAUGGCGCCAGACUCCUGAGUCACAAGGCUCUUGACGUGGCGCCAGACUCCUGUGUCACAAGGCUCCGGACAUGGCGCCAGACUCCUGUGUCACAAGGCUCCUGACGUGGCGCCAGACUCCUGUGUCACAAGGCUCCGGACAUGGCGCCAGACUCCUGAGUCACAAGGCUCCUGACGUGGCGCCAGACUCCUGUGUCACAAGGCUCUUGACGUGGCGCCAGACUCCUGUGUCACAAGGCUCCGGACAUGGCGCCAGACUCCUGUGUCACAAGGCUCCGGACAUGGCGCCAGACUCCUGUGUCACAAGGCUCCGGACAUGGCGCCAGACUCCUGUGUCGCAAGGCUCCUGACGUGACGCCAGACUCCUGUGUCACGCAGCUCCUGACGUGACGCCAGACUCCUGUGUCGCAAGGCUCCUGACGUGGCGCCAGACACAGGUGGCUCCCGGAACCAAAAACAAGAGAGCUGUUACGUCUGUAAUGCGUCCAGCAUCCAACACCUGUUCUUAUAGCAGGUGUUUUGUGAUCUGUGUUGACUUCCCGAGCAGAAAUAAUUCAGGAGAGAGAGGUAACUCAGUCAGUCGUCAGCCACACUUCAUCAGCCUAGGUCGGACGCUAUUGGCCCGUCUCCACUCGCUCAAGCCAACAUAGACUGAGAUUCUGAACAAUACGUGGGUCGCGAUAUAUAGUUUCUGAGGCUCUCACAGACGGCACUCGACCUACAGCAAAAGGGGUACUCCAGGCAGGACCAGCAGCCCACUCACCAGCAAGACACCGCAGCAAUGAAGUCCUGGCACUUGCUGACCCUUGUGGUCGUGUCCCUAGUCGAGGCAGGAACCCACACACAAGGCCGACACGACCAUGUUUCCGACGGGGAUUUGAAAUAUGGAUCAGGACAAAGCCACGAACACGAACAUGAACACAGUCACGAACACAGCCACGAACUGGGGUGUUCAGCUCAGCGACUGUGCGACGAGAACGAGGGCGUGUGCAAGCGUUCGUGCAACGGUCCGAUUGAGAACGAGGUACACGCCGGCUGCAGUGGGAGCGGUUGCAAGUGUUGCACUCGUAAAAAUACUAAGUGUACCAGCACCGAGGAGUGUAAGGAGCACAGGGGGAAGUGUACACAGAGCAAGUGUAAGAGCACUGAGGUACAGAUACGAGGCGGGUGUAGAGGACGAGGCUGCCGCUGCUGUGCCCGCUCGUUCCGCGACGGAGGAGAGGUGACCGCUGGAGGCGAGGCUGUCGGGGUGAACAAUGAAAAAGGAACCAGCGAAGAGCAGACUAAAGAAGAGACUGUUGUGAAGCAGGAAGGAGGGGAAGAGUCUGUAAUGAGAGGAGACGAGGACACUGGGGAAGAGGAGGAAGAAUAGCAGAUGAGCUACAGUUGAAACAAAAAUAUAUACACACACAUACACUAUAACAACAAUAACAUGAUGCGAGUACGCCAUCACUAACAUAUGUCUACUACCAGUACUGUAGCAUGAUACAUUACUGAUUACUAGUACCUUAGCAUGAUACAUUACCUACUACCAGUACCAUAGCAUGACACAUGCCUACUACUAUAACUUGAUGUACUACCUGCUACCAGUACCAUAACAUGAUACACUACCUACUACCACUACCAUGACAUGAUACCCAGUACCAUAACAGCAACAAUAACAAACUAAGUGACCAUUGUUACCAUAUGAUACAUACCAUAACCGACGAUAACUUACCAUGUGUUACAUGAAUUACUUCAUAAUGAUGGAAAUAACAUGUAAAUGUACAUGUUAAUCUUAACUCUCGUACAUGUUACAUGUACAUCUUAACAUGUACAAUAAUGUAUUAAGCUUAACUGGUAUGUUUCACACAUUUUACUCGUCAUAUUGCAAUAUGUUUAGAAUUUUCAAUGGUGAUAGCUGGAUAAGUUUUGAUUUUGAUGUCAAGAGUUUGCUUACAAAACAUGGGUUUUAAGAUAUCAUAGUGUAUGCGUGUUUACUUCUGCCGGACUAGGCUGUUGAGAAACGAAAAUUGUAUUUAAUUUUAGACAGUUUUGAAAAAUUUUACAUGAUUAACUCUCUGCAUAUGCAAUCAAGCCUCGACCAGGAACGGCAGCCUAUUAACACAACUUGGAUUUAGGUUUAGUUUUGAAAUUUUUUACAUGAUUAACUCUCUGCAUAUGCAAUCAAGUCUCGACCAGGAACGACAGGCUACUAACACAACUUGGCCCCUAACCUGUCAAGGAAUAACAACCAAGGUAUCCUAGCUAAGGUGAGGCAGCCAUAACAACCCAGCCUUCCAAAUUGACAAGACCUCCAUCGCCAUUCCUUACUUGCUUUCUUGGUGGUGUUUUCUGAGGCAUUUUCUCUGGGGGAUUUUGUAUUUUGUUUCGUUUGAUUUUAUUACACAAUAAAAAAUAUAAUUACAGAA